AGCCCUUCGGUGGGUGUGGAUUUUGCAGUUGGUUCUGUUGCAGCCAGUUGUCGGCCAUAAUGGUUUUCGACGCGUGCUGCCUCAGCCCUGAGGAGGCUGAACAGAAAGCUAGAUCGCGGAAAAUAGACAGACAGAUAGCUCAAGAGAAAGUUCAAUACCGUCGCCAGGUUAAAGUCUUACUUUUAGGGGCCGGAGAGAGCGGAAAAAGUACGUUCCUCAAGCAAAUGCGCAUCAUCCAUGGCAAGGAUUUCGACAUUGAUGCUUUGAAUGAAUUUCGUCCCAUCAUAUACAGUAACAUUCUAAAGGGCAUGAAAGUUUUGGCUGACGCUCGAAGGAAGCUAAGAUUAGAAUGGGAAUAUCCUACUAACCAGCAGUACGCUGAAAUAAUUUUAAACUUCCAAGCUCCUCAAAUAAUCGACACGGACCUAUUCUUAAGGUACUUCGAUUGUGUGAAGCGGUUAUGGCGGGAUAGGGGAAUUCAAGAUGCAUUCGACAGACGGAGAGAAUUUCAGUUGGUAAGCUUGUGCAUUUGAUACUUUGUUGAUAUGAUCUGUGGGAGGUUAAAUUUUUGUAUCGUAGAAAGAGUUUAUAGCCCUUGCUAGAAAGCGGCUUCGCGAUCGAUGUACUACUACCGCAAACAAUGUAUUAUGCAUAACACAGAACCCAUCGACUAUUAUCAAGUUCAACAAUGCAGGUUCGAGGGACAUUAAGGCUCUACUCUUUGUCUUUUUCUAGUGCCACAGAUUUUAUGUGUAGUUUCAGCACGCAACUCCAUCGUUUACUUCUGAUUAACAACGCCUGCAAGCAGUCUUUCAAGGGUUACAGAUCGGGGAAAAAAAUUGGUCCGCCGAUUUAAUAUGAUAUCAAGACAAAAUACAUCUACAACUGAUCUGAUCUCGUUCUCCUUGUUUUUACCCACCCUUUUGGUCCCAUGAUCAAACUGCAGCAGCUGGAAAAUCAGACGUUCCUUUUGAAAUUAGCUCACUUUUAGAAAGCAAAGUAUUUAGUGAAACACCAGUCUAAAUUGAAAUUGAUUGUAUCGUAUUUAAGUCAACUUCGUAUGCAAUAUGGGAGGGUGAAAUUGACAUUCUUCCAUGCGUGUUUCGUCUCUCUUUAAUCAUAUUUUCUUUUCUUAGGGCGAUUCAACCAAAUAUUUUUUCGACAAUUUGGAUCGGGUUGGUCGUCCGGUAAGUAUAAAUUUGCCUUCUGGUGUUGCUUUUCUUUCAUUGUGUUAGAAGGACAUUCAAUCGAGGUUUACGUCUUGUUCAAAGUGUAAACAUGCCGACAAAGCCAGAACCAAUUUUAAGGAAUGUAUCGUUGUUAAUUUCCUUUUUUGCCCUGCUAUUUUUUUGAUAGCAAACAGACCUGUUCAAAUAUUAAAUCAGACCCAGUAAAAAUGUGAUUAUUAUCAAUAUUUUAUAAAUUGAUAACUUCGACGCAGAUGGAAGGAUUUCAAAAGACUGAUCAUUUCUAGAGUACUGCAUUGUAGUGUAGAGUGUAAAUUUGGCAUUGUUUACCCUUUUUUAGUCUGCGGUUUUCAUAUUUUCAUGGAAAAACUUAGAAUUUCCUUUUAAAUUUAUUUCAUAUCUUUAAAUUUUUUAGAUAUCUUAAGCAUGUUUGGAUACUUAAAUAAUGGGAGCAAGUACUUAAAAAUCAAAACUUCCUUUUUUCAUCAAAAGCACGCCCUUCAAAAAUUGCUGAGCAUUUUUGAAAAUGAUUAACAAAGGUAGCUUUCACGACAUCAACUUGGUAUUUAUGUUAAAGAGAUUUUCAUUUAUCUGGUACAAAAGCUAAGUGCCUUAUGCAAGUGUUUAAAGUGGCCAUACAAAGAUAUUUUUAUUAACAUUGAUCUAUAAAGUUUAAAUCAAUGUAGAAUUGAAAGUGCAUGUCAUUGCCCUCAACGAAUAUUGCUUUUCAGUUGUGUUUCAUACCAAACAUUUCCUCUGUUUUGCUAUGAAAGAUGCUAGUACGUUCAUUUUCAUGUCUAAUAUGAUAAAGCAAUUUAGAUUGCAAUAAGUUCAUCAACACAAUGUUUCUCUUUUGAAGUUCUAUGGCUUUGUGUCUUUGGGUUAUACCUUGUACAUUGCCUCGUUAGAGAAUGGAUGUUUUUAUGUGUACCAUUUGGAUGAAAAAAUGGCACAAAAGCUACAACUUGUGCUCAACCUUAUGCAGUGCAUUAAACGUACUGCUUUUAAAAGCGUUGUAGGAAAUCACCAAUAUUGUAUUGUUGGUGUGUCUGCAUACUUAACAUUUCCAUAGCAAAAUAAAAAGUAGCUCGUAGAACUUAUGAAAGCUCUAGGUUUAUUGAAUGCCUGGAUCAAAUUUUGUUUACUCAGUUCAUUGUCAAGUUUCUGUGUGAUUUCUCUGCGAAUGAAAUUCUUUGUGAUCCCAGCCAAGAUUAAUUUCACCUACUAUUAGGACUUGCCAGAAGUACAAUGUCUCUUUAACUGAUGGUUUGACUAGGCAUUAGACAUUUUACUUUCUGGUAUUCUUGCUCUAGUCUUUCUUUUGAGCCCUCUGACAGCAGUUCUGCAUAUCAGCUGAAAUCAAGUACUUCAAAUAGAUCAACAGAACAGAAGGCCAGAAGUUGUAAAUGUUAAAAGGAAACUAACUUUGGCAAACAAUAAUAUCAAUCUUUCUUUGUUGGUGCUGUUCAUACUUUUCUUGUUGAGUAACUGUGAAACUUGUACAUUUAAACAAAAAAAAUCGGUUUUUCCAAUACUUAAAAUCAUACAUUCUUUUGGUCCUUAUUUAUUGCUUUAUAGAUACACUACCCCACUGUAUUUAUAAAAUUAAUGUAAUACUGUUAAAAAAUUACUUAUGUACUCAAGUUGUAUGUGCUGUAAGCAAUGGCACACCUUUCAACUUGGUUAUUAAAACAAAACUAUUUACCGGUACACAUAAGCCCAACCCUGACUUGUUACUGUUUUUCACUAUAAACAGAAAAAAAUAUAUAUAUUCAAACAUUGUGGAAGGUCUAUUAACCUGAGAUAUAAGUUAGGUUUCUGUAAAAUAGGCUGGCCUUAGUAGAUCAGAUGUAACCAAAGCAAUUUUAUGAUGUCUCUGGCGUCAGGUCACAAAUCAGGUUCCUUUUCCUAUUCCAAGUCACUGUGUAUGAUCCAUAUUUAUCAACUUUUCGUGAUAAUCCGUAGCCAAGAAGUAGGCCCUUUGCAACUAGUGAUUCACAUGGUACAAAACCACCAUGUUGGACAGCAAGGUACCCACUGAGACAAGACAAACAGAAAACUCACAUCUUUUAAAAUGGUAAUUUCCUUUAUUUGUCUUCUCCCAGCAUUUCUCUUGCUCUCUAUCAUGACGGUUUUGUAGCACGCGAAUGGUUAGCUGCUAAGGGCCUAUUAUGCCCUGUAACAUACUUGUCCAGCUAAAGUUGACUGGCAAAGUGUCAAAUAUUGUAAAGGAGUAGUGACAUUUAACUUGGGUUCGUCCUGGUCAAGUAACUCCAUGGGUUAGUUUUUAUUCAUUUUAUUCAUGCUUUGUUCUUUAUCAAAGGACUACUUGCCCACAAGACAAGAUGCUCUUCAUGCAAGGAAAGCAACAAAGGGCAUUGUGGAACAUGAAUUUAUCAUUAAGGGAAUCCCAUUCAAAAUGGUUGAUGUUGGUGGUCAGAGAUCUCAAAGAGCCAAGUGGUUUCAGUGCUUUGAUGAAGUAACCUCGAUUCUUUUCUUGGUGUCGUCAAGUGCAUAUGAUCAAGUUCUUAUGGAGGAUAGAACAACAAAUCGUCUUGUGGAGUCAUGCAAUAUCUUUGAGACUAUAGUCAACAACAAAUUCUUUGCCAAUGUGUCAAUAAUCCUUUUCCUCAACAAAACAGAUCUUUUAAUGGAAAAGAUCAAAUAUGCAAAUAUAAAGGACUACUUCCCAGCUUUUCAAGGGGAACCGCGAAGAUUGGAAGAUGUGCAGAACUUUAUAUUACAGAUGUUUGACAGCAAGCGUCGAGAGAGGUCUAAAGCCCUUUUCCAUCACUUUACAACGGCAAUCGACACAGAAAAUAUCAAGUUUGUUUUCCAUGCGGUGAAGGACACUAUAUUACAAGACAAUCUCAAGUCUUUGAUGCUCCAGUAACUGAGACAAGCUAGAAAAAAAAAAGCACCAAACCGUGGCAGAAGUUGUGUUCAAGAUAAUAUUGCCAUUUAAAGGGUAUUAUUCAUGGUUGAAGGGAGAUUGAUCUACAGGUCACAGGAAAGAUUGAGAUGCUUCUAUACCUAAAGAGUUCAAUGUCGGUCAGAAGCAAUGCUCAAGGCAUUCCAAGUUUUGGCUGCGUCUAUAAGAAUGUCUAAAUACAAAGAAAGCUAAUUUGCAAUAGCAUACUCACUGACUGCAAUGUAAUUUUUUACGUAUUUCUUAGAGUACUUAUGUGUAGUUUAGUGCAUAGGUUGUGAAUUAUUCUAUUCUAUUUGUUUAUACUAGUCAGUUUUCAUAAAUAAUAUUGUGGUUAUUGUCACAGAGAAAAGUGCUAAUCUAUACAGGCUUUGAUCAGCUGUUUGAUAAAAAUGAUUAUUAUAAAGUUUGAUAAAAUCUUGGACAUUGUAACUUAUUCCGUACAUGUGUAAGCUUUGUCUCUCGAGUACUUAUGUAAAGAUAGUAGAUGUAUACAUUAAAUAGUGAUUGCUCCUCCUUGAAUACUCCUUUAAAAUACUAACAUAAACUUUUAUAAAUACUAGUUGAUGGAAAGUGGUAAAUGUGAUGGAUGGUGUGUGGAUGGUACAGUUUAAAAUGAAUUUCAAGUCAACAUGAUUUUUAGUUAUGGUCAAACCUCAUAUGGUUGAAUCUAAAAUGUCAAAACCUGGCAGUCACUUGUAGGAGUAACUUGUGAGAAGUUCUUGCUAUAGUCGUGAUGGACAAUUGCAGGUAGAGAUUUGUCUUGAGAUUUAUGUACAUUUUUUUGGUGACAUGUUUAAGGAUUAUGAUAAUAAAUUUGUAACAAAGGACAGUAGGAAUUCAAGUGAAUUUAGUUUUAAUCAUUUUGACUUGAAAUUCUUUUUUAAAGACUUCUUCAAGAAAGAGGAAAAGCUAUAUGCACCAAGCAUAAGUUUAACCAGCAAGCAUUUUCUUGUUACUGCAAAACAGUGGUGUAUUUACAAGAUUAAGGUAAUAUUUACAUGUCAAGUGAAAACUCAUUGUUGCUUGUGCUAGCUUGACCACCCUCUAAGCAGAAGUUUUCUUUAAAUUCACAUUCCAAUGCUCAGUAGUUUACUCUUUAAUGAAAUAUGAAAGCUGUAAAAACAAAAACUAACCCUUACCAUCAUAUGUUUUUUUGGCUUUUACUGCCCAUGUGAAUAACAAAACCACAAUCCUCAAGUGGACAUUUACUUGAUUAUUUCUGGUGCUAUGAAUUCUUGGCUUCUCUUUUGAUUGGUUUUCUUCCUUAGCUUUUGGAAACAACCUUUUGAUCAAUCUUGCAUCUUGUGGUUUACUUCUUAUCUGUUGGGCCUUUUUGCAGAUAGACAUUAAUCCCAGACAGUUCUCUGUUUAUUUUGUCUUAAGUAAUAAAGUAAUAAGAUCAUUCAAGUUUUGUUGCUAAGAUAGGACGGGGCUGUGUUCUAAUGACUAGAAUAUUAUUGUUAGGAACCCAAAGCUUUGAACUAAGAUUUCUUAGUCACUCAAGGAGAAAGUAAAUCAGAAGGAGCCACUUGGCACUGCUAAAUUACAGCCCUGUAGAAUGAAAAAUGUUCUCAAGAUAGAUAACUGUUUUUUGGUGAAUUCUUUUAGCGCUAUCUGAUAUACAGAAUGAACUUUCUCUUUCAAUCUGAUUUGGAAACUUGUGCACAAGUGACAUCUUCAAUCAAAUGAAGUUGACUUACUAUCAACAACUUUACUAUUAUUACAACAUAAUGUAAUGGGGCAAAGGAAUUGAUUUUCCGUAGAAUUAGAAAAGCUUUAUUGUAAUAUUAUUUGGGGUGAAUGCAGGGCUUAAAUGCCAUAUUAUGGAUCCUCUGCUGCUGCCAGUUCAAUGAUUUCUUGAAAAAUGUAACUAGCAGUUUGCAGAAGAACUUCAGACAUAUUACCAUGCCAUAUUACUAAUAUUGUGUAACAUGGUUACAUGUACACACAUUGGCUAUAUAAAAAAGAUAAUAUUGCAUAUUGCUACAAAUCUUCUUGUCUGGCUCUCAGAUUAAGUUACCAUUUUUCAUUUGCACAUUAAUAAUAAAUAUGGUAUAGACCCCCCUGUAGAAUGAACAUUCAUCAUUAGUAAGCUGGUUGCACCCAUUUGUUUGUGAAUUAUGGCAGAAAGUUAGAGUUAAUCCCUGAGGAUGUCUUGUUGAAAGAAAGUUGGCAGUGGUUAUCUCCAGCCAUGCUGUGGUUUUUUGCAGUUGUUAUUGCCACCUUUUAACACAGAAUGAAUAGGAAAAUGUGUAAUGUGAGUAGGACAAGGAGAUAACUUAUGCAUUUAACCAUUCAUAAUAUAAUUUAUGCUAGUGAAUUUGUUUCAUUAUUUAUAGCUGGAUGCAUAAUUAAUCAAAAACAAACUUACGACACUGACAACAAAAACACCUUUGCAACUAGCCUAAAAACCUAAAAGCCAAACAAAAAAACCUUAACCAAAACCUUAACAUGAUCAGGGUGGGAUAGAUGUGGAACAUACAUUAAAAUAAUUAUAACUUUCAGGGUUCUCAUUAAGUUGUAAAGUAGACACCUAGCAUGUAAAAGUAGGCAUGCAGCUUUGUAAUCGAGUGCUGUAGGCAAAUUUAGUCUUUCACUCGCUCACUAAACCCUUUUUCCCCAAAAAGUAGAUGGCUCAAACCUCCAAGUAGCCGUUUUUUUAGCCGGCUGCCGGCACUUAAUGAGAACCCUGACUUUUAAAUAUGUAGCCCUCAAAAAGUUAAAAGUGCGAAAAAGGUUCUCACUACUUUCCAGCAACUAGUAACUUAAAAGUUAAGUAUUCCUUUUCAGUUGUUGCCAUUCUCAUUUACUCUCAAACGUUUUCACAAGUUCUGCUCAAAAAAACGCUUUGUAUAAGGAGCUGCAAUCUACAGACAAUAUUGGACAGAUACGUUGUUUUAGUUACUUAUUGAUUUUCAUUGGUCAAAGUUAUUUUAGAUAUAAAAAAAAGAUAUUUUUUGAUUUUGUAGUAGUUCUCAUAAAAUUGGUAGUAUAACGCUUCAUGUAAAGUUUGAUAAGAGGCCUGAUGUCAAAGAGUAAAAUGUAUUAUUACAGCCUAGUGUGG